GAGCCGUUUCUAGGGUCUCCCUGGAAAUCAGGGUUUUUAUGCUAUUGGCAAAGGGCGAAGAGGAGUGAGUGGAACAGAUUGUGAGCUGGCCAGAGAAAAAGACAAAGGCAGUGCUAAUGGAGUGAUAGAGAAUGGCGCAAGUUAAAGUUCAGACUGCAGUAAACCUGUCUGGAUCUACCCUGGGAGCCACAGUACAAUCAACAAUGGUUAAUAGCGCAGGUCCUCUGGCUCUGCAGUCUUCUGUGAAUGGGUCAGUCCCAGCCUCAAAUACCAGCUGUGUUAGUCCUGCAACUGGUCUUGUGGAUUCUACUGGUUCUAUUAAUAACUCACCAGUUUCUUUCCAGGAUAACAUGGCAAACCCCAAAGAGAAAACUCCAAUGUGCCUGGUGAAUGAGUUAGCCCGUUUCAACAGAAUCCAGCCCCAGUACAAGCUCCUGAAUGAAAGAGGGCCUGCUCACGCCAAGAUCUUCACUGUACAGUUGACCCUGGGAGAUCAAAGCUGGGAAGCAGAAGGGAGUAGUAUUAAAAAGGCUCAACAUGCUGCUGCAGCCAAAGCACUGAGUGAGACUAAUCUCCCGAAACCAUGCCCACGGCCACCAAAAACUAUCAUGAAUAAUAAUCCAGGUAGUAUAACACCAACUGUAGAGCUGAAUGGUCUUGCGAUGAAGCGAGGAGAACCUGCUAUCUAUAGACCAUUGGAGCCAAAGCCAGUGCCCAAUUACAGAGCCAACUAUAACUUCAAGGGCAUGUACAAUCAAAGGUACCAUUAUCCAACUCCCAAAUUAUUUUACGUUCAGUUGCUUGUGGGGAAUGCAGAAUUUAUUGGAGAAGGACGGACCCGUCAAGCUGCUAGACAUAAUGCUGCUAUGAAAGCUCUUCUAACUCUUCGUGAUGAGCCUAUUCCAGAGAAGACACCUCAGAGUGAAGAAAUUUCAAAUGAAGAGGAGGAAACCGAUAUCAACAAAUCUGAAAUCAGCUUGGUGUUUGAGAUUGCUUUGAAGCACAACUUGCCUGUCAAUUUUGAGGUAACUAGAGAAAGUGGUCCUCCACACAUGAAGAGCUUUGUCACCCGUGUUGCAGUUGGCGAGUUUACAGCAGAAGGAGAAGGAAAUAGUAAAAAACUUUCCAAAAAACGAGCAGCCGUAACUGUCCUUCAAGAGCUAAAGAAACUUCCUCCCCUGCCAGUGAUUGAAAAACCGAAAACCCAUUAUAAAAAGCGACCCAAAUCUAUACUGAAGACGGGUCCAGAAUAUGGACAGGGGAUGAAUCCCAUCAGUCGAUUGGCCCAGAUACAACAAGCAAAGAAGGAGAAAGAACCAGAAUAUCUUCUGUUAUCUGAAAAAGGUCUGCCACGCCGCAGGGAGUUUGUAAUGCAGGUCAAGGUAGGCCCGGAGGUGACAACAGGAACUGGUCCGAACAAGAAAGUUGCAAAACGGAAUGCUGCAGAAGCCAUGUUGUUGCAGCUUGGCUACAAAGCAUCAAUCCCUACUCAAAGUCCGGAGGAAAAGCCAGUUGAAAAGAGCUGGGAUGGGCGGAAGGUGACUUUUGCGGAUCAGCCGAAUAGCACCCAAAAGGGAAUCCUACAUCUUUCCCCUGAUAUUUAUCAAGAAAUGGAAGCAAGUCGUAACAAGGCAGCUCCUACAAUGAACUGUUUGACGUCUAAAGAAAUAAACCAUGGAUGUAGUUCAUUCUUCAACGCUACCAGCAACACAGCAACCAUUGCAAGGGAACUUCUAUUGAAUGGGACAUCCCCAACUGCAGAAGCUAUAAGCUUGAAAGGAAAAGUACCUGCGUCCCCAUGUUCAGCAGUACAGCCCUCUCAACAGCUAGAGUACUUAGCCAGAAUCCAAGGUUUUCAGGUGCAAUACAGUGAUAUGCAGAACGGUAAAGAAUGUAUGACAUACCUGACACUUUCACCUGUGCAAAUAACGUUUCAUGGCAUCGGAAGCUCCAUUGAAGCCAGCCGUGAUCAGGCAGCUUUAAGUGCCUUGAAACAGCUGUCUGAACAAGGUCUUGACCCAGUGGAGUGUGCAAUCAAUAUAGAAAAUGGUCCCAUUGAAAUACAAGUCAAACAUCUGGCACAGAAAGCAGAUCAUAAACAGACUAACUCAGGCACCACAGCUCAGGACUGCAAGGAUUCAAAGGCUGUCGUCAUGGAGCCUGUAGCACCCACGGCUGCCAAUGCAUCCUUAUAAACCUGUCAACACGCGAUAGGGUGUAUAUGUAUGAGGAAAUGACCAAUACCAUUAUAUGAAUUUAUGUGAAGACAACACUAACAGAUUGCAAGUGAAAAAAAUAAUGCAUGGUGCAGUUAAUGUUCAAGGGAAAUGAGCAGACUGUAUAGAUUCCCCUUUGCAAUGAAAAAUAAAUACUUGUGUCGGUUACCUGUUAGCACUAGAUUUGCUCUCAUGCUCUGAGCUCAUAUAUCAAUUUUUAGUGGAAAGUGAUUUUUUAAAAAAAGUUGAUAAGAUAAAUAUACUUCAGCACCAUUGGCUAUAAAUACUUCACCAUUGUUUCAGUAACAACCAAUUUUUCUUACUGUAGCUUUAUUUUCAGCUUUUUGUGAUGCUUGAGUAAAGUUAACCAAUGGCAGUGCCGUGAGAGUUGUAGUUGUUGUCUUCAUAUAUAGUCAUUCAGCUUAUCUUUUUAUGCUGAUAUAAGCAUUUGUCAUACUAUAUGCAUAUAUAUGAUAAAGAUACAGACUACUACUCAAGAGUUGUAUGCAAAGGCAAAACCUGAAUCAUAAAGAAAAAUGCUUAUUGAUACAUGAACUGAUGUUAGCACUGAUCAGUAGAGGUUAUAAGAUUAUACUCCAGGAAAGCAGUUAUGGUGUUUGAUUUUCAUUACCAUCACAGAGGUUUAAGGUGUCUUACCUAGCAGUAACAUUUUGUAUCCUUUGCUCAUCUGUUCUGUGAAGCACAUCUACACCCAUUCUGUGUGUUGUACAACCCACCGUGUGCAUCAACUGAGUGUUUUUAAUAACUGCAUUCAGACCUGGAUAAAUAAGGUAAUCUUACCAGAAAGGUCCAGGUCUACAGAAAAGAAUAUCACAGUGAUAUAUUUAAAAUAUGUGGUUAUGGGUAAUCUAUGAUAAUUGGGCAGAAUGUGUCAAUCUUGGUUGAAUUUUAUAUGGAUUACGUAGUUUUGAAUUAAUGAUUGGUCAAAUGCAGUAAAACCACAUCAGUUCAUGUGUAA